AUGAAUUAUGCUGCAAAGGCACUCAUGACUGAACUGCCAGAUGUUAUUCUGGGUUACGGUGUCAGUGAUGAAUACAGUUUUGUAUUUCACAAAUCAUGUGCACUCUUUGAUAGGCGUUCAAGUAAGUUAGUGACAACCGUCGUAUCAACAUUUACAGCUUAUUACGUUCAUUCCUGGCCCAAAUUCUUUCCGGAUCAGCCACUUUCUCCACCAUUGCCCACAUUCGAUGGAAGAGCUGUUCAGUAUCCGAGUGUUCAAAACCUGAGGGAUUAUAUGUGUUGGAGACAGGUUGACUGCCAUAUAAACAAUCUCUACAAUACAACUUUCUGGGCAUUGAUCCAGCUAGGAGGACUUGAUUCUAAAAGCGCUGAAAAAGAACUUGCUGGUUCCUUGGCUGCCGAAAAGAAUGAAAUCCUUUACUCAAGGUUUCAAAUAAACUACAAUAAUGAGUUGGAAAUUUACAGAAAGGGAAGUGUCGUUUACAGGGAUUACGAGCUAACAGAGCCGGGCUUAUCCAUAUCCAGCAUUGCCAAAAUUCUAGACCAGGCCGAAGAUAUUGCACCCUCCAAGAACCAGGAGGAGAAAGAUAAAAGGCGAAAAGCCAAGGCAAAAAUUACAGUCGAGCAUGUGGAUAUCAUAAAAAAUGAAUUCUGGGAGAGACGACCUUGGCUUUUUUCAAAUAGACCGGGGGCUGUGCCAAAAGAGCCCUGA